AUGACUUCCUAUCAAGAGUUAACGGCCGAAGGGGAGAGUAGCCCUCUGUUCACGGGCUGCUGCCGAGCAAAAGAGGUCAUAAACCGGGACCUGGGCGGCAGGACUCAUCCUGAGGAUGAGGAGGGGAAUCUGGAGGUGGGAAUCGCUUCAAGAUUUAACCCCCCGCAUCCCCACUUCUCAACUCUCCCCAAUAGUUUGACUCUCUGCACCUCUUCGGACAGCCCACCUCCUCCUCCUCCUCCUCCUCCUCCUCCCCCUCCUGCGCCGUUCGAGGCUCUCGGGGGCUUCUCGACACCGGCCUGCCCCCACUCGUCCAGUGUCCCCUGGCGGUGCAGGGCGCAGGGGCAGGGCUCUCCCGGACGCGGAUAUUGUGCGUCAACUAACAGCGGGACGGGACUCUCCGAUUUUAGGUCACUCGCAGAGCAAAUUCAAAUCUACCCCCGUCAUGGCUGCGAGACCGACGUCGCCGUGCGAGGUCCAGCCGCCUCGGACUGCAGCGUGGCGGACACGGAUGGAAGGAGUAAAACUUUUGAGUGGAUGAGAGUGAAGAGGAGUCAGCACCGGGCGGCCGGGGUGCACAUGACCUGUGGGUUCGGUGUUGCUGGCUCGGGAGUCGGAGCUGUGGAGGCUGGAAGCGGCAGCAGCAGCAGCAGAUGCGCGGAUGGGCAUCCCACGGUGAGCGGGGGCCCGAGGACCUGCUUCAGCACCAAGCAGCUGACCGAGCUGGAGAAGGAGUUCCACUUCAACAAGUACCUGACGCGGGCCAGGCGGGUGGAGGUCGCCGGCGCCCUGCAGCUCAGCGAGACGCAGGUGAAGGUUUGGUUUCAGAACAGACGCAUGAAGCAGAAGAAAUUGCGGAGGGUCGGGCUGCUCUGCGACCCGAGCCCCGCGGCCCAGCACUCACACGCGGACUCUUUGGACACCUGCCCCGCUCCAGACCCGACCUCCCCCGAACACCUGCCGCUGAACUCGUGAGCCGCCGUCGCGCGUGCCGCACCGCGACGAGGGCGCGGGCCUGCAGAUGUUUUGAUUCGCCUCCUUUGCAUCGGUUUCAUUCACGCUUCACCUUUAUUUGCUUACCACGAUGGAUGCGUAUCGCAAGGAGCAAGUUUCUUCAUGCAAGAACGGGUCAAAACAAUCAGUCAUUGCUCCCCGGCUUCAGACUGGCGCUCUGAUUUGAAUAUUAAAAUUCGAGUCAUUGCAUUGCGCUCCCGUGCACACAAUGUAAAGGAAGAUACGAAGUUAUAUUGAUUGUCCAUAGAAACGGCGGGCUGGGUUUAUUUAUUUUGUACAAUGUAUACUACUGCAACGGACCUCACUUGAAUAUAUUUAUUCAACAGGA